AUGGAAUUGAAACAUUUCAAUAAAUUUGUAGAAGAAUACAAACUCAUCAAGAAUGAUAAAUUAAUUAAAUACCUUGUCAUACUUGGUAUAGGAUUUGUUAAACAAAAAUUAGAAGAUGUAAAUCAAGAGGCAAUUAAAUUAUUAGCUAGUAAUUAUCAUUCUAAUUUAGAUUCAUUCAAAGAAAAGUCUAUUCAUUAAGAAUUGAAAAAUUUGAGAAAUAAAGUUCUCUCUCUAGAGAAGCAUAUUCAACCAGAAUAGCAAAUUAAAUAUCACAGUUAACCUAAAUUAAUACCUCCUAAAGUAACACCAAAAAUCACUGAAUAAAUUCCAUUGUAAUAAAAUGUUAAAAAGGCUGUACCUUUCAAACAUCACCUAGAUGAUUCUGAAAUGUAAAAUCUAAGAUAUUUUUUAGCAAAUCAAUAUUAUGGAAUUAAUAUAAUGAAAAUCAUCAUCAAUUAAUUAACAAUGAAUCUUAACAUUAAGCACAAAGAAAGUAAACAAUUGAUUAACAACCUAUAAUUCCAAAAUAUUUACCAAGAAAUAACUCUUAAACAGAAAUAAAUCCUUUAUCAUAACGUGAGAAUAGUACAAGAUAAGUUACUUAACGAUCAUCUCAUCAUUCAAGUUAAUUUGAUAGUGUACAUAAUAGAAAUUCUCCAAAAUUUAAAGGGGAAAAGAAAAAGAGUGUAUGUAAAGAAAACAAAACUCCUGUUAGUGUUGGAGGAGUACCUAAACAUUUGAGAUAAGUCUAAUCUAAAAUAAAAUCUUAAAUUUAGUAUGACAAAGAACAAUAUAAAUCCAAUAACAGUUAGAAGGAAGAAGAAUAAACAAUUAAUAUAGCUAAUAGUUCCUUAAAUCCAUUUAACAAUACUCCAUAGAAUAAAUUAUUUUAGCCUUGUCAUUCAACACACUUUGGAAGUGGUUAAGUGUCAAGUGCUAAAAUAUAAUAAUAAUAAUAAUAAUAAUAAUAAACUUCAGAUUAAAAUAACAUUACAGAAAGGAAAGUAUUUAAUCUUGAUGAAAUUGCUUCAUCAUUUUUGAAUUCUCCAUUCAUGAAGAGUUAAAUUACAUAAAGAUUAUUUGGAAAAUAAGAAUCAGCUUUAUAAUCAUCAUCAUCUAGUACAUUCUCACUUUUUAAUCCAAACAAUGAACUAAAAAGUAUAAAUAUAUUCAUAAUUCUUUAGACUUCUUUUAACAAUUAGAUAAACAAGUCGGAAACUCUUUAUCCUUUUAGUUUUGA